AUGGCCUCGCUCCUUCGCACGCUCGCCCCCUUCGUGGCGCUGCUGCCGGCCACCGCCCUCGCCGGCUCCAAGAGCUGCCCGGGCAACCUCCCGCUGUCGUGCCACAACAACACAGCCGUCGAGGACACGUGCUGCUUCAUCCCCGCGGGCCAGCUGCUGCAGACGCAGUUCUGGGACACGCAGCCCGCGACCGGGCCGGCGGACUCGUGGACCAUCCACGGCCUCUGGCCCGACAACUGCGACGGCUCGUACCCCAAGCAGUGCGACAGCUCGCGCGCCUACACCAACAUCAGCGACAUCCUGACGGCCAACGGCGCGGGCGCGACGCUCGACUACAUGCAGAAGUUCUGGAAGGACUACAAGGGCGACGACGAGACCUUCUGGGAGCACGAAUGGGGCAAGCACGGCACCUGCAUCAGCACGCUCGCCCCCUCGUGCUACGACGGCUACAAGCCGACCGAGGAGGCGGCCGCGUACUUCUCGCGCACCGUCGAGCUCUUCAAGUCCCUGCCGACGUACCAGUGGCUCGCUGACGCGGGCAUCACCCCCUCGGGCAGCAAGACGUACGCGCUCGACCAGAUCCAGAGCGUGCUGCAGGCCAAGCACGGCGCCAAGGUGACGCUCGGCUGCAAGGGCAAGGUGCUCAACGAGGUGUGGUACCACUACAACGUGCAGGGCUCGCUGCAGAGCGGCAAGUUUGUCGCCGCGGAGCCGGACGGCGCGAAGGGCAAGUGUCCCAGCAAGGUGCAGUACAAGGUCAAGAGCAACUCGACGUCGCAGCGCGGCUAUAGCUUUGCGGCGUGA